AUGACUCCACCACCGUCGAGGCACACAUCUACUGUUUACAGCUGUGUAUUUGCUCGCGAAACUGUGGCCCCUAUACUACAUGUAAUGCACGCCAACACAUUGCAAGAAAGGGUAAUUCACGAACUUGCCUCAGCAGCACUCCAUCAUCCUACAUGUUUUUCUGAUAUCGCGCCAGCCGAUAAACAUCUGGUUCGCUUAAUCGUUCAAUUCUUGAAGAUCAAGAGCUACGAUGAUUGCGAGCACCUCGGAAGGGUCUUCAGCCACGCUUCGCGUCGAAAACAGCAGAGUUUUGGCGAAAAUUUGUCCAUUCCAGGUGAAUCGAUGGAAGGCGAUCGUGGAUGGUUGUGGUAUGUGAUGUACCGUAUUUAA